AUGGCUCGCACAAAGGGCGGCAGCGGUCAGGCUGGCGGCGCAAACGGCAACCGAGAUAUCAGAAGUUUCUUUGCAGCUCGAUCAGCUGCGAAGAAGGCUCAAGCUCCUCUAAGCUCUUCGCAAGCUGGCGGAGGCUCUACCGGAUCAUCCGCAUCCCCGUCGUCUACUCCAGGUGUCGAACUUCCCAAUGGUGGUGCACUGACUACCCACGUCCGAGAUGUGAAGGCGCCAUCGCCAAGGCAACCGCGAGGCAAGAGGAAACGGUCAUCCAUGGUACACGACGAGAACUCGAAACCAAACACCCAGAAUCUCGAUGGAUUAAGCGCAUCGCCUCCACAGCUGGCUGCAGUAGCAGCAACUAGCUUUACUACGUCAACCUCAUUGUCCGACCUGCGUACUACUCCAAGUCUACCUUCCUCUGCGCAGAAGCGUUUGCUCCGUACACCUGGUAGCAAAGGGUCGAGAACAAAGGCGCCUAACGGUGCUUUUGUCGGUUUAAAUAUGCCACCUUCUGGGCGUGCCACUGGCUCAGCACGGAAAGUUCGAUUCAGCUCCGCGCCCUCGACACCAGGCCGAGGUCAAUCCCCCGAAGCAGAGGAGACGACGCCAGUGCGACUUCUAUUCACUGGUGGGAAGAAGCCUGCGAGCGAGAGUCCGCCCGAGGCUCUGGCCACUGAUCUUCCCUCUUUAUCUGCCUUGAAGAAGAACAGACUACUCGACACGCCCAAGCGAGGACAGAAGGGGCAGGCGAAGGGCGAUGACACGCCCAGCAGUUUGCCGUCUUUACCCGACCUGGCCAGCUCCCCCAGCAUGCCUGCAUCCCCGUCAACAGCGAGGAAGCGUUCUGUUUUGACCAGAGAUGCGGUUAUCAAAGGCUCGGAUGAGGAAGACGACGAAGGCGACUUCUCUGACUGUUCUCUCCCGAGUCUCAAUAUGCUGGGCCCGAAGAGACAAGGAGCGGAUCCAUGCAGCACUCCAAGGGCGAAAAGGAGGGCGAUGAUGGUUCACAAGUCGCCGCUCACCAUACAGCCCAAACACAAGUUCGACUUCAAGACCCUGGAUGCGCACUCGAAGAGGCACGACGUCAAAUUUGACAGUCCCAAGAGACCUCAACAGGCCGAGCUGAAGGACGAGGUGAUGGCGGAUGCCAACCCCAGCAAGUCCCGCCACAAAUUGAUCGAGAUCGCCGGUGUCAAGUCCGAAGAGGAUGCAGAUAAGGCGAUGAGGGCCAUGGAGCGAACAAACACUUCUGGCCCGCAGACCAGGUGGUACUUCUUUAAGGAGGGAGAUGCGCCGCCUCCUCGGUCUUUUCCCAAGAAGACUGCAAAAGAGGCCUGGUCAUUCCUUGAAAAAGCCGGAACACGAGACAGACAUUUCCUGUCCGGCAUGCCUACUCGUCUUGCGGCUUCCAUAGCAUUGCCCGACGAGUUGUACCUAUGGAUCCUGAACAUGUCGAACGUUGAAAAGAUCGGCGUUCUGCGUGAGGAGUAUAGCAAACUUGCUGCCGCGAAUAAGAAACAGGUCAGGCGCCUCGUUACUCCUCAACAGCUCGCCGAGGUCUUUCGCCAACUGGGCGCUGCGGAUCAUGUAGGAGAUGAUACGCUGAAACCAGUUCGCGAGAUACGAGAUAUAUACGACGAUCGAGACUGGAAGCCGCUUCUGUCAUGUUUGAAAUGGCUUCGCAAGGUUGCUGAGUAUCUUCAACAAGAUGCGAUCACUUACGCAAUCAAGAUGCUGCUGCGCAUGGCAGCCGACAAGAUGGUCAUCGAGAACCCGGACGUGCUCAUGAUACAUCAGCAGGCGUUGGCGGCUUUGGUGAACAGAAUUCAAGACGGCGUAUGGAACGAAUACUGCACUGAGAUCUGCUCGUCUCUCUAUCAUGGAUUCGCUCAGGCCUCACUGCGGAUACUCCCGUUGAUGUGCAUGCCCGUCACCACGCCAAAAUUGCAUGAGCUACGGAGACGUCUGGCAAUUGCGUUCUUCCUCCGGGAUGCCGCACUAGCCAGCCGACACCCGGAUCAUGCCAUGUCUGUCCGUCUUAUCCUUGCCCGGGUGAAAGACAGCGACUUCCAGAUUAACAACAAGACCGACUACGCCGACCUCAAGGCGCAGGUCUUGCUUCUCGAUAUGGCCGUGGACGACGGCUCGUUCGUUCCGGAUGAGGAUGACAAGGAACACCAGAAGACGUUCAACGCCGAGGUUGACGACCUCGCGAGACGUCUCAAGGCCAUCUGGCGUGGUAUUAAUGAUACCGGCGCGGCCAACCUCACGCGCACAGAAGCGAAGAGCGUGCUGGAAUGGGUCGGACAACGUCUGUCGUACUCUGUGCGCACCCGGCCUCCCCCUACGCAGAGCAUUUUCGGUGACCAGGGGCCGUCGUCAGCUAAGAAGAGAAGACAGCAAGACUUUAUGAAGAAGUUCGUGCACGCCAGGAAAAGCAAGCCGGAGGCGGACGCCAUUAAGGAAGAGUCGUCUUCAGAUGCUAGCGAGGACUUUGUAACAGCGAUUGGUUAA